AUGGACGGAGCGGAGCGGUGCGUCCCUCAGCUGAACUCCUCCUGCCUGAAGCCGAGUCCUCCGCCCACCGCCGCCAUGCUGGUCUACGUCCUGCUCUCCGCCAUCUGCAUCGUCACCGUGGCGCUGAACCUGCUGGUCGUCAUCUCCAUCUCCCACUUCAGGCAGCUCCACACACCCACCAACCUGCUGCUGCUGUCGCUGGCGGUGUCCGACCUGCUGGUGGGCCUGGUGCUGAUGCCGGUGGAGAUCCUCUACAUCGAGGCCUGCUGGUUCCUGGGCGACGCCGUCUGCACGCUGUACUACGUGGCGGACUACGUCAUCACCUCGGCGUCCGUGGCCAACAUGGUGCUGAUCUCGAUGGACCGCUACGUGGCCAUCUGCGACCCGCUGCGCUACCCCGCCCGCGUGACGAAGCGGGCGGCGCGGACGGGCGCGUGCCUGGGCUGGCUGGGCUCGCUGCUGUACCGCGUGGUGCUGCUUAACCGCCACCUGAGGAGCCCCGGCAUGUCCAACUCCUGCUUGGGGGAGUGCGUGGUGGUCAUCAGCCACCUGGCGGGCGUGGUGGACCUGGUGUUCAGCUUCAUCAUCCCCAUCGCCGUCAUCAUCUUCCUGUACCUGCGGGUGUUCAUGGUGGCGGUGACCCAGGCCCGGGCGCUGCGCUCGCACAUCGCCGCCGUGGCGGCGCAGCGCUCGGGCGGCGCCGCCGCCGCCAGCACCAUGAAGCAGGAGAUGAAGGCGGCCGGGACUCUGGGGCUGGUCGUGGCCGUGUUCCUCUUCUGCUUCUGCCCGUACUACGCCCCCACGCUGGCGGGCCAGGAGACGCUGGUGGACGCCUCGGCCGCCGACUUCGAGAUCUGGCUGGCCCACUUCAACUCCUGCCUCAACCCCAUCAUCUACGCCUUCUUCUACCCCUGGUUCAGGAAGUGCAUCAAGCACAUCGUCACCCUGCAGGUGCUGAAACCCGGCUCCCGAGACAUGAAAAUCCUCUGA